AUGCAACGGUGGCUUCUCCCCAUCGCCUUCCUAUUCGCGCUUUCAGCACACGCUUUUGACAUCGGAAACGAUGAAGGUUCGUGCUGGCAAACACGUUUUCUGAGCAUUCCUGUUCUCUUUCAGAGUCUUGCUCGGAAGAAGAAAAAACGGAUAACACGAAGGUGAAAUGUCCGAAGCACUACAAGGGGUUCUACCGUAAUCCCUCGGCGACCAACAAUCAGACCAAACUUUGGUGUCUCCGGGCCGUUAUGACGAACGUCUCCGUGAGCGAAACUGCCGCACAGACGGCGUGCAACGCGGAGGGAUCCGUUCUUUCGACCUUCGCCAGUUAUGAUGAGCAGAAACAUAUCGUUAGUGAGUGAAAGAGAAGUUGGGGGAAAGUACCUUAUGGAUGGAUGCUUCAGGACACGCCUCCAAGUAUUUCCGUCACCACAAUAUCACUCAAGGAUCCAUCUGGGUGGACGGAGUUCGUAUCGAAGAGUGCCGCACUCUGAAUGUAACCAAACAACAGUCGGCUCCGUGCAAUGACAAGACCAAAGUGUUCGACAUCACUGAUCCGAGAACUGAUCCGAAAUACGCGUGGACUCAAUGGUACAGAACUGCGCCGUCGUGGGCCUACUAUCCGUAUCGCACCGAAGAAUACGUCACCUAGUUAGUCGUCCUCCCCCAUCCCAAACUUCUGAAUUCCUUGCAGUCCUACCGUCGAUUCGGUCACUGCCGACUGCGUCCAACUGUGGAUUUACCCACGCAACAGCGACCGCAACGGACAACUGCACGCCAUCCAGUGAGUUCUCCGUUGGCUACGUGCGAUCGAUCACUUCUCCACUUUCAGCUGCGACAUGGCCGUGCCUCCGUACGACUUCGAGAAGGCGUUGUCCACAAACUACGGAUACGUGUGCGGAAGACCGCCAGUCCUGAGUUUCUAUUAA